AUGUGGGAGAGUAUAUCGUCGGGCAAGGCGCUGAGCCUGUCGAUUGAGGCCAUGAGAGGAUGUAAAGGGAAUUGGCGAGUUCGGGAUUUGUUGGAGGAGCAAUUAUUGGCGGCUCAAGGAUUUAUGUUCGAAUUUCGGCAAGUAUUGUUAAAGCUUUGUCGAUACUACGAUCUGACGAAAACUGAAAUCGGUAUACCAAUUUCGAGUACAGAUUUAACAUUUGUAGUACAUAAUGCGCGAGUUGGUCCAGUUGAUGCGAGAGCUUUAAAACAAAGGUCGGCCUUAGGAGACACCGGCUUUUGUCACCACAAAGCUUCAAGUGCUUCGUUGUACUCUCGUUCCUGUGAUAACAAAUUAAAGUUAUCAUCCGAUCCCGACUUCUACACACUCUUUCGCUUGGACCACGGGUAUUGCUGUGAAUGUGCAGUUGGCCCUUCUCCUUCAACACCUUCUCUCUCGGCCAAAAGAAUUGCUACUCUUCGACUUAACCAUGCCGGCUACCUCUUCUUUCUGGCCCUCACCCACCGGCAAUGUCCUCGGCUGCAAAUUCAAUUUCGGUUGGCCGCCCUUGUCAUAUAUUUCAACAGUGCCGUAUUGUACUUAGUCAAACGGCGUCAUAUUGUCUAG